GAAAAUUGAAAUUGAUUUUGUUUUUGUUUGUUUGCUGUUUUCUUGACCAGAUCAUUAGCCAAAGAAGAUCCAUAGGAUUUGGACUAUAAAUUCAAGUGUGUCUUGAACCAAAGACAUCACAAACCAUUGGAUCUCAGCUUCGAUCAGAAUCUCAAAUCUAAUCAACUUUUAAUUCCAGAAUGAAGGUAUUUGUCUGCGUGUUGGCUUCUCUGGCUCUGGCCAGUGCUGGUGGCUUCCGCGGUGGUGCCGGCGGUGGAGCAGGCGGUGGCUAUCUGCCUGGUGGAGGACACGGUGGUGGCUCCGGCGGCUUCGGUGGCUUUGGUGGCCGCCCGGCUAUUGGAGCUGGUCUGGUGUCCCACGUCUCCCAGUCGCAGGGCAAUACUAAGGUCCAUAUUGGCGGUGGUGGAGCAGGAGCUGGCUAUGGCGGUGGAGCAGGAGGUGCCUAUGGUGGUGGAGCAGGAGGUGCUUAUGGCGGUGGACGCGGUGCUGGAGGCUGGCAAGGAGCUGGAGCUGGCCGCGGUGGUGCCGGAGGAUGGCAGGGUGGAGCCGGAGGAGCAGGAGGCUGGCAGGGUGGUGCCGGAGGAGCUGGAGGCAACGCCUGGGGCAACCCCGCCCAGUUCGACUACACCGUCAACCACGCUUCCGGUGGUGCAGGUCACGCCUACGGUGCAGGUGGUGGUGCCUACGGCGGUGGCUCCCGUGGAGGAGCUGGCUGGUGGAACGAUUAA